GGGCCCGGCUGCUUAGCCCGGCGCCCGCCGGCGGGAUCGGGAUUGGGAGCGGGAUUGGGAUCUGGAGCGGGAUCGGGAUCGGGAUCGGCGGUGUCCGGGGUCUUCCUCUGAGUCCGCCGCCUCCGUCUUCGGCGCCGCCGGCCGGGACCCAUGGAACACGCACGCACACUCACUCCCACGCGUGUGCCCGCAGCACCGAGGAUCUCGUAGGCGCUCAGGCUGAUGCCUACCCGCAGGCGUGAGGAUGGCAGCGGGCCCCGGCACUGUGCCAGGAAGGAGGCCGGCCUGGGCCUCUUCUGGACCUCGAGCCUGAUGUCUGAACUCCGCAGAGCAUCCACGGGUGUGACAAGUGCAGUGGACUUUAUAUCAUCCCGGGGGCCGACUGAUGUUAGAAGAGACCCAACUCCUGCCCAGGGUCCCGGGCGGGGCCCCGGGGUCGGCAUGGCUUCGGCGGAGCCCCUGACCGCUCUCUCCCGCUGGUACCUCUACGCCAUCCACGGCUACUUCUGCGAAGUGAUGUUCACGGCGGCCUGGGAGUUCGUGGUGAACUGUAACUGGAAGUUCCCGGGCGUCACCAGCGUCUGGGCCCUGUUCAUCUACGGCACGUCCAUCCUCAUCGUGGAGAAGAUGUACCUGCGCCUGAGGAGCCGCUGCCCCCUCUUAGUGCGCUGCCUCAUCUACACGCUGUGGACCUACCUGUGGGAGUUCACCACGGGCUACAUCCUCCGCCAGUUCAACGCCUGCCCGUGGGACUACUCUCAGUUCGACUUCGACUUCAUGGGCCUCAUCACCCUGGAGUACGCGGUGCCCUGGUUCUGCGGGGCCCUCAUCAUGGAGCGCUUCAUCAUCCGCAACACGCUGCGCCUCCGCUUCGACCAGCGCGCCGAGCCGGGCGGCCCCGGGGCCCCGCUGGCCCUGGCCAACGGCCACGUCAAGACAGACUGAGCGGGCCCCGUCCGGGGCCGUGGAGGCUGCCAGGGACUGGGGGGGCCCCCUCCCACCCAUUCCUCCUCCCACCCCUCCC